AUGAUAGAAAUUGGAGAGAAGGAGAAAGACAUGUAAAAGGAGGGGCUGGUUAUGCCUAUGGAGAUGUAUAUGUUGGAGACUUCAAAAAGAAUGAAAGAAAUGGAUUUGGAAUAAUAAAAUUUAAUGAUGAAGCAAGAGUAGAAGGAUAUUUGGUAAAUGGGCAAUUAUGAGGCUAAGCCAAAAUUGGGAUAGGAAUUAAAAAAUAGUGAUGGAGUUUAUACAAUGUGCAAUGGAUAAUUGAUUUAUAAGGAAAGGGUAAUUCAUUUUUAGGUAUUGAUAUAAUUUAAGUUAUAAGAAAUGGAGAUCAAUAUGUCGGAGAUUGGUUAUAGGAUAAAAUUAAUGGCAAAGGAAAAUUCAUAACAAAAGAAGGCAUUGUAUAUGCUGGUGAGUUAAAAAAUCAUAGAUACAUCAGUCCAAUAAAUUGAUCACCGUUAUUUAUUAAGUAUAAUGAUGUUAAUUUUUCUGUAGUUAGUAUAUUAUUUUUUAUAUUUUCUAAUACAAUGUGGCAAUUAAUUAUAAUUAUAUUGUUCAUCUAUUUCCCUACUAUUAGUGUUUAAAUUUAGCCCAGCAGCCCUGAGGGUAUUUCAAACUGAAAUUUUGAUUAAAUUAAAGAAAUUAAAUAUAGACUUUUCUCUUAAACUUAGUUGA